AAAUGCACCAAUGAAAGUCCAGCUUUAGUAUUCGAUUGUGACAUUCGAGAUAUAUAAGUACACCAGGCGACCGUAAUGGCUGACAAGUAUCGAAUGUAAAUACAGUUUGUAUCAUUUUUUGCAGUGUUAAAUACGACUGUGUUGUAAAGAAUUCAUCAUUUCACUAUAGCGAUCAAGUACCAGGACCACGCGAUGAUGAUUCAUUGCCCUCAAACUUUUUCAUGACUAUUUUGUUAGUUAUUGCAUUCGCUGUUCUUAUGUACGCUUUUAGACCAAAUUCUCUUCGUCAAGUGAGCAACGAUGCAGUUAAAGAUCGAGAUAACGAACGCGAUUCAAACAAUGAUCCUCCUGUACCACCACCGACUGCAUAAUAAGAAGUGUAAUAUGAUAAACACUCUCGGCUGAAUUUUCAUAGUAGAAUCUGCUAAACUUAUAAUAACAGAAACUGAGGAGAGGAUAAUUAAUUAAUUCAUUCGAUUUAUAUGGUAUUGCUAGCACAUAUUUAACCCAAUAACUGCCAAUAAUUGCCUUUUACAUAUUUGGAAAGUAUUAUAUAAAUAUACUUUAACGAGCACACAUCUUCUCUUCUUCAGUUACUAAUAUCUAUCACAUGUCAGAAGAUAUGUCUAUAAGAAAAAAAUAUAAUUAGUUAAAUAUAAUACGUAUAUAAUCACUGAUGUCGUGCCACAGGAUGUUGGAAAUUAAUCUUUUACAAAUAUGUGGCAGUUUAAAUAACACACUGAAAUUGUGAUUGCUAAGCUGAAAUAAUAAAAACUCUUUUAUCAUGUUGUUACUGUGACUGCACAUAUUAUUAUAUCAUAAGCAAACUGUUGAAAAUGUAUUUUGAUAUUCAUUAUUGUAAAUAGCUUGAGUACCUGCGAUUCAGUAAGAAUAUUGCAUUGUAGUAUUUAUAUUAAAUUCGAUAAAGUUUCAUCACAGAUAUAAUUGAAUUUUGUAGAGUGAAAUUUAUUGAUGAAUUAAAAAACAACGUGACAAAGAAGUAAAAUAUAUUGGUGUUUAUUUAUAUUUUUAAAUUUUAAUUUUUGAGAUAUGCUGAGGAUGUACAUGAUAAGAAAUAGUAUAAAGACAAUCUUUUUCGUUUAGCAACAGGAUUAAAAAACUAACAUAAAAGUAUUAUAAUUUUUUUUUUAUGUUUAGUAUAAAAACUGUGAAAAAAAAAUUAAGACUAUAUCCCCAAUAAUUUCUACUAGGUUAUAUUAUAUUACUUAUGCUAUUCUUAUAGUAGCAUAUGAUUUAUGUGAUUCUGUACUUGCAUGUUGAAUAUGAAAGAUGAAAAUUUAUAAUAUAAAUUAAUCUCUUCUAAUUGUAUAUUUUUCCAUGAUAUUCUAAAUAAUAAAUAUGCAUUAUAUUUUAUAUUUCUUUCCAUUUGCUUUGUUUUGUAAGAAAAAUACAGUUUAAUAUACAAUAGAACUUUGUGUAUCUGUACAUAAUGAGACAAAUGCUAAUGGGCUCAUUCUACUUUUACUUGUUUACAUAAUAAGAGAUAACAGAUAAGGAUUACAGAAAUUGAUUAAUUAUGAUUUCGUAUGUCUGAGAUUCAAUAUUAAUAAAUGAUGUUUAAAAUAUAUAAAAGAAAUUCUACUGUAUUAUUAUAAAAAUGUAUAAUAUUGAUAAAAUUUUAAUGUUUCAUUUUUUGAAAAAUACAAUAUUAUUAUUUUCCAACUAAAUAACAAUGUAAUUUGCAUUUGCUUAAGACUAGUAAUAUUUGAAAAGUAAUAUAUAAUUUAUUGUAAUUGAAUAAUUCAUAUGUGAUAUUCAACUGUUACAGAAAAUAAUUACAAACAUGUAUUCCAAACAAAGACAAAAUAUCUAAUUGGAACUAUAAAUAAUUUUAUAAAAUUAAUACUUUUCUAAUUAUUUAUUAAUAUUUAACGCAUAUUAAAAGCUAUACGCGCUGUUUGUUUAAGAAAGCAAACAUAUUAAAAUUAUUAGAGAUUAACUUUAGAGAUCAAUUUAGAGAUUAACGUUUGUUUUCAUAUCAAAUUCUUUUUUUAUUUCAUUUACAUCUUGUAUUAUGUAAAUGUAUUAGAAAUACAUAAUUUUUUAGAGGAAAAAUAAGAAAUGUACACUUCAAAUAUAUCUACGAAGUGCUUCUAUA